AUGGACUUAGAGCGAGAAUCGAUUGAAAAACGAAUAGAAGAGGUCUACAAGAAGCAGAAGUUUUUCGAAAUUAAUGAUGCUAAAUACAUCUGGAUGAUGUUUUUCGGCUUCAAAGUCAAGAAAGCAAAACUACUCCCAUUCUUCGAAAACGGCCGCAUUUCAAAAGAAAAGCUGGUUGCUUACAUUAUUCACUACAAGUCGAUUGCUGAUGACGACUUCAGUAUAAUGUCGCAGCUUCUCGACCACAACCACCGCGGUUUCUACACAGAAAAAUCCUUCGCCAAACUCUUCGAACGACACGGAGAAGAUCCUGCUGAAGCGAGGAAAAUUUUCCGCAACCUUGAUCUCGAUGGAUACGGGCGGAUCUCAAUGACGAUCAAUAGUUUAUUUAUAAUCGCGACGAAUGACUUGAAAGUCUUCAUGGAGAAGCAUUGGUGCUCGGCGAUCAAAAGAACAGUUCUUGAUGAUUUCUUAGAAAAUCUCCGUGGAUUAUCUGAUGUUAACGACAUGCCGAUUGUCUAUCUCGGGCCGAACAACCACUACCUUAUUCACGUUCUUCACAAAGACACCAUCUUUCUAGCCGUAACUCGCGAAGAUGUGAUGCCGCUUAUGAUCACAGAAUUCUUGCAUCGAAUCAAAGAUGUCUUCAUCGAUUACUUCGGCGAGUGUUCCGUCAAUUCUAUCAAAGAAAACUUCGUCGUUGUUUACUCCUUAUUGGACGAGCUCCUUGACGCUGGAUUUCCUCUCGUUACCGAACCCAACGUCCUCAAGGAGCUUAUUCGGCCGACAACGAUGCUCAGUUCAAUCAAGAAUACUGUCACUGGAAAGAGCAACGUGUCCGAGAACUUGCCUACUGGGCAACUGUCGAAUGUUCCGUGGAGAAAGGCGAACGUCAAGUACAACAACAACGAAGCAUAUUUUGAUAUGAAAGAAAAUCUGAAUAUGGUGGUCAACAAACAGGGCUCUCAUUUACUGUCUCUCGCAAAUGGCCGAAUUGACUCGAGUAUCAAGCUCUCAGGAACACCAGAUCUGAGCCUCUCAUGGCAAAAUCCGAAAGUCUUCAACAACGUAAACUUCCAUCCGUGUAUUCGACUGAAACGAUGGAACGUUGAGAAGAUGCUCUCCUUUAUUCCCCCAGAUGGUCAAUUUGAACUCCUGAGAUACCAGUCUUCCAUUAAUGGAGGAGCGGCUUUGCCGUUUUAUAUUCGUGCAAAUGCAUCGCUUCAAGCAGGAAAAUUAGACAUCUCCAUAUCACCAAAGCGGUUAGUGACCCCAAAGCCCGUGACAAAUGUCUUUGUUACAUGUAAAAUGCCCGCUUGCGUAACGAACGUCAACCUGACCGCCUCGGAAGGAUCGUACAGCUUUGACUCUUUCGAAAAGCGAUUGAAAUGGGACGUUGGUAAACUUGUGUCUGGAACGGCGCCGUCAUUGAGAGGAAGCAUCAACUUGAAAGAAAAGUGCGACCUGAGGCUUGUCUUUUCCGUGCAAUUCAGCGUCGAGCAAUACGCCGCUUCGAAUAUCAAGGUUCACCAGUUGAAUGUCUUCGGCGAGGGCUACAAGGCUUUCAAAGGCGUCAAGUACAUCACUAGCGCCAACGCUGUCGAGAUCCGCACGUGA